AUGGCGACCGAACUAGCGGAGAAGGCGAAGGAAGCGUUCUUCGAUGACGACUUCAAGCAGGCAGUUGUUUGAACUUGGUGUGAGUUAGAGUUCUCAAGGAAUUUAUGGAAUUGUUCUCUAGUUUUGGCAAAGGCUGUUGUUGAUGCAAAUAGGUCGAUUCAGUUGGAUCCUUCAAUUGUGAAGGCAUAUUUGUGUAAAGGGUAG